CCUCUUCUCCCACAGAAAGUCUUUAUCAUGUUGGGCUCUGGAUUCAAGGCUGAGCGCUUGCGAGUCAACCUGCGCCUUGUCAUCAAUCGCCUCAAACUACUGGAGAAAAAGAAGACUGAGUUGGCCCAGAAGGCAAGGAAGGAGAUUGCAGAUUAUCUGGCAUCCGGAAAAGAUGAGCGUGCCAGGAUUCGUGUGGAGCACAUCAUCCGUGAAGAUUACCUUGUGGAGGCCAUGGAGAUCCUGGAGCUGUACUGCGAUCUGCUGCUAGCCCGCUUUGGCUUGAUUCAGUCCAUGAAGGAGCUGGACUCUGGCCUGGCAGAAGCAGUAUCUACACUGAUUUGGGCUGCACCACGACUCCAGUCGGAAGUGGCUGAGUUGAAGAUUGUUGCUGACCAGCUGUGUGCCAAGUACAGCAAGGAGUAUGGGAAGCUGUGCCGGACAAACCAGAUUGGAACAGUCAAUGACAGGCUGAUGCACAAGCUGAGUGUGGAGGCGCCACCCAAGAUUCUGGUGGAGAGAUACCUCAUCGAGAUUGCCAAGAACUACAAUGUGCCCUAUGAGCCUGACUCUGUGGUGAUGGCUGAAGCCCCUGCAGGCGGAGAGGCAGAUCUGAUUGAUGUGGGAUUCACAGAUGAUGUGAAGAAGGGUGGCCAUGGAGGGGGAGGAGGUGGUGGAUUUACAGCCCCACUGGUUGGUCAUGAUGGAAUAGUACCCAUGCCAGUGAUGAUGCCUAUGCCCAUGCCAACACCAAAUCCACCCUUCUCCUAUCCGCCUCCAAAGGGACCGGAGAACUUCAAUGGCCUACCUGUGGGGACCUACCAGCCUUUUAGUAACAUCCAUCCACCACCAAUUCCGGCAAGCCCACCAACAUACGACUCUAUUGAUGAGCCUAAUACUGACAAGGAUGCUUCUGCGCCGGUGGCUGGGCCCGGGCCCAAGUCAGAAGCUCCUCCUAAACCAGGAGCUGGAGCUCUUAAUACCUGUGAUAACUUUGUGCUGCCUGAAUUACCAUCUGUGCCAGAUACGCUGCCAACAGCAUCUGCCGGCGCCAACUCUUCUGCCUCUGAAGACAUUGACUUUGAUGAUCUUUCUCGGAGAUUUGAGGAGCUAAAGAAGAAAACAUAAAACUGGCUGGGCUGUAACUCCAGUGUGAGGGGCAGGAGCUGUGACAGCUGCUUCUCUCUGAAACAGACUCCCCUUGAAAUUGGUUUCCUGUAUUAACCUCAAAUGAAUGCGCUCUUCUUUUUGAGCUCUCUUCCUGCUGUACUUAAACCAAAUGCUGCCGCU